AUGCGGUGCCUCUCUUACUCACUGGUAGCCUCCUUGGCAUUUAUAUACGGCAUCACUGCGCAAACAGCCACGACUAGCACUUCGCCAUCGUAUCAAACCGUCUUGGUCGGAUACGAGUCGCAUUCAUACUACCCAAACAACCUGACCGCCAACCCUGGAGACGUUAUCGUUUUCCAGUUCAUAGCGCAGGGCCAUACAGUGGUACAGUCCAACUUUGAAGAACCAUGCGUUCCAAGGGAUGCCUAUCAUCGAGGCCGCUCUACCUUUUUCAGCGGCUGGUAUAACACCACUGAUGUUGCGAGUGAUCAUCCACCAACAUGGAAUCUAACAAUAAACGACACAUCCCCCAUAUUCUUCUACUGCUCACGCCUAGGCUCCUGCCUCGAUAACCAAAUGAUCGGCUCCAUCAACCAGAACUCUACAUUCUCACUGGCCGCGCAACUGGCCUCCAUAAACAGCUCAGACAUAAUGUUGCAGCCCGGUGAAGCCGUACCUGACGAAGCCACUCCUUCUUCUACCUCUGCUCCUGCUGCUUCUCACCACGGGGUAUCCCUCUCCAAUGGCGCCAUCGCUGGCAUAGUGGUAGCAGGUGUAGUGGUGCUUGCUCUCGCCUGCGCAUUGUUCUGGUUUGUAGGAAGGCACCGCACGCUAAAGACUUCUUUGGCCAGCGCAUCCCAAACAUCAGGAGCGGUUGAGAGUUGGGUGAACAGCACAAACCCCCCUUCUACAGUGGGCGGGCCUGCAUCCGCAAGGCCACCUUCAUAUGGUCCUGGUGAUGGAGGGUACAUGUCACCUUAUGAUGCGCAUAAGAGUUGGGGUGAUUAUGGACAGCAGAGACAUAGCUAUAUGCCCAUGACGCCGCCAAUUCAGGAGUUGGGUGCUAGCGACCCGGUGGAGAUGGAGGAGACGAGCAGAGGCAGAUCAAGGGGAAGGGAAAACGAGUAA